AUGAUAAAUGGGUCAUUGACAAAACUACAAAAUGUAAUCAAGGAUGAGAGCACAGGUGAUUUCAACACUUGGAGAACAAAAUUUGAAAAUGGGUCAUUGAUGAAAGAUAUUUCACUUGAUCACAUCUCAGACAAUCCAUCCUCUAAGAGUAGCAGCAGAGAGAAUAAUGAGACUGAUGAUCAAAUGCUUGAAUUGUGGGAAACUGCUAAGCAGGACUGCUAUCAUAGUUUAAUG